AGUUCCGAUAUAUUAUUAAGAAACGAUGAACUCCAAUACAAAGAUUAUCUAAGGACCCUAUUCGGUUCGACUCUCUUUUUACGAUCUGGGAAAGAACCGUAGAAAACCCAGAAAGUAGCUUAUAAUUCCGCCCGUCACCUAAACAAAAUUGCAGGACAAAAAUACCCUCAAUGUAAUAAUCUUCUUUCCAUGCCACUUGAAGCAGUUGAAUUGGAUUGCUUAUAUGUGUCUCUCCUGUUAUCAUCAUCCACUGCAAAGUGUUUGCUUCCAUACUUCAUAUCAGCCCUCAAAACAAUUACAAUAAGCUAAUAUAAGCACAAUUAUAAGCCAAUUACAAUAAGCUCAAAAGCAAAGGAUGUAAAUAUGUAAUGGCUAAAAUGCAAAUCAACCAAAACAGAAAACAAUUUUCAAUUUUAUCAUCGCCAAGAAGGACGAAAUGCAUUUUACACCCACACUUGAGACUUUACGCCCAUAAAACCUUACAAGGAACGAGAGCUAAACGGUGGGUUCUUUUGGGUUCUGAAAAUGCUCUAAGGCUGCUGCAAAAAAAGUUUCCUAACGGAAUCUUAUGGGGUAAAAUGGCUCAACAGCAGCGGUAGCGAGGUCAAUCGAAAGCCUAAAAAUAUAAAAAUCACACAAUUUUCUAAAAUAAACGGGCUCCUAAAAUUGGUUUCUUUUUUUUCAGAUUUUAAUUGAUCAAGCAAUGAAGAUUAAGCAGCAUCUAGAUGGUAUGUGGAAGGCCAGUUCUAGAAAACAAAAUCCUAAGGUAUUCCUACAAGGAUUUCAAACUUUUUUAAGGUCGGUUUACCAAGAAAAAAGGGCAUUAAGACUCAACGUGAGUUUAUAAAAGACACAUUUGACCAUCUUUCUGAAUAAAUCUCCAAGAAAAAACAUGAGGUUUUCGGGUCAAUUUUGAAAACAAUGCUCUAAAUAAGAAGAUAUAUGCAAAUCAACCUUAUUAACCACAAAACUCCUACUUAACCCACUAGUUCACAUUCAUAACCAAUGUUUACACACAGUCACAUACAUGGGAUAAUUAGUUUUAAUUACAAGAUUCAACGCUGGCUGCAAGAUAACAAAAAUUUCGUUAACGCUUAGUAUUGGCUCAACUUGACGUCCGCGUCGCAAAGAUUUCCAACAACCACAUUCCAACAGUUAGAUUAACAGAAGUUUGCUCGAAACACAUUCAACCAAUCUAACUAGCUAAUGCAGACUUGUAAAGUCACUUAGAGCGCUCCUCGUUUAAGAAAGUCUCUAGCCUCAGAUAUAGUAAGAUGACCAUCGUCAAGCCCUUAAAUAAUAUUUCAUGUUACCCGGAUUUGGUUUGUGUAUAUUUGCGCGUAUUUGUUUUGUAUCUGCUUUUGGAGUAAGGAAUCUCAUCUCAUCACGCUUUUGCGCUUAAGCUUUUUGACCCGCCUCGAUACUGCUCUUUUGAGGUCUCACCAAGGGAUAGCUAAAUGGUUCCAAUGUUUACAAAGCUAGGGUGUCUCUUUUUGGGAUCUCAAGGAAAAGGUUGUGUUCUUACCAGAGGCAGAGGAACAGUAGCAAAUGAAUCUUUAUUUGAACUGUGGAUUGGCCACAUUACUAAACAAGGGAGAAACAAUCUUAACUAAGGAGCACCCUGUUUGAUUUUACACUUAAAAAUUAGACAGCUAGAAUGAUUGCACAGCUGAACAAAACUCUAAAAAUUUAAAAAUUGGCCUGUUUUUGUUAAAAACCCAAGCUAAAUUUUCGAAAUUUCGGGCCAAGAAAAAUAAUUAACGAACUGAUGUAGAUCUUGCAGACAUAUUUGAAUAUUGCAGAUAAAAGCAACUAUCAUGA